UUAUGACAAAUGAUGAAAAUGACAUUAAAGAAACAUUCUUCUGUUUCAGGUAUAGGACUGGCAUUCCUGAUAUUUAAAAACUGAACACUACAAACACAUAAAAAGCAUUUGGAGAUGAGGGCAAAAUCUACUGCAUAAUUGUUUGUUAUAGAUUUUGUGCCCAAUAUUUUGUUUUUCAACAACAUACAUUUUCUGGAUAUUAUUAUUUUUUUUUUAUUUGCUUAUUUAGCAGACGCCUUUAUCCAAGGCAUCUUACAGAGACUAGGGUGUGUGAACUAUGCAUCAAGCUGCAGUGUCACUUACAACUACGUCUCACCCAAAAGACGGAGCACAAGGAGGCUAAGUGACUUGUUCAGGGUCACACAAUGAGUCAGUGGCUGAGGUGGGAUUUGAACCGGGGACCUCCUGGUUACAAGCCCUUUUCUUUAACCACUGGACCACACAGCCUCCUUAAUGUACAUUACAUACAAGAAAGCAUCUCUCUGAGCUCCACUGAAAAAAGUAUCCCCAUACCACAGCUGUAUCAAUUGCCAUACAGGCUGAAAUUCAAUCUCAUAAGUCACACCACUGCUGUUGAGUGAAUAAUUAAGGUCUAGAAGGUCUAAAAUAUGAAAUGUCAGAGUUAAGUAAGGUGUGAUUGAAUAGGAUAUAACUUAUUAAAAAAUAUCCAUUAGAUUCAACCUUUGAUUAACCUGUAAUAUUCAGAAAAACUGAUUUUUGGAUUUAAAAGAGAAAAAGAUGAGCGCUAUAUAGAUUUGUUAAGUCCUUACUGCAAGGGUGGGCAAAAUUAACAAUUUCAGUCUAAUUGUGUUCCAACCCUGUUCUAAAUUGUUUAAUCGGAGCUAUUAAACCUCCAUGUAGACCCAAAAAUAGUUAAUUUUAAUGCAUUGUAAAUAUACAACACAAAACGGUAUGGCCCUCCAGGACAGUAAUUGGUUUAAACCAGCGAUUCUCAAACUUCGUGACACUGCGACCCCCUUCUACCAAUACAAAUUAUUUGCAACCCCACUGCCCUGUAUUACUGCAAAAUAGUUAGUAUUGAUAAGUAAAACAUGCAUUACAAGGCAAUAUCGACAAAACUAAAAUUUUUAUUAGUAUAAAAAAUAUGCACUCAUCGGACUGUAGCCUGGUGAGCAAGUCCGGUUCGGACUUGAGGCUGGCAGGGGAGAGUGUAGCGUGCACGGAGGGCGGUGGCAGCAGUGCUUUUAGGUGACGUAAUCACACACACACAGACAUAAGCCCAAUAUACUCUCCUUGCAGCGGUAUCGGCACUAUUCUUCAGCGCCCGCCCUCAGCCUGUGUGUGGAUUGCCUCGCCCUGUGUGAUGUGCCUGCCUCCAUUAACUGAGAUUGCUACAAUAUUAUCAGUGUUUGCAUUCAGUCAGAGGCUCUUAUUUCAGUUCUUGUUUAAACAGUCUUUAUUCUGUGCUUUAAUAGAAACAGAAAUCCUAAGUUAUCACUUUUUAUUUGUACUUUUUAUUUUCUUUCGUUUUUCAUUUAUGGGAUGGGGCUUGCUUCAUCACAUUUCCCCCUCCUCAAGUUCUCGUGUACCUCGGGGAUACGAGAAAGGAAGUCUGCAGUCUUAUUGUGGGUUCCGGGCCUAUAUUUGACCUCAAAAGAAAAUGGUUGCAGACUUAGAUACCAUCGAGUAAUUCGGGCAUUUGAAUCCUUAAUUUUGCCCAGCCAUUGCAAGGCUCGAUGGUCCGUUUCUAACACAAAUGUUUGGCCCAAUAAAUAGUAUCUCAUACUCUUUUUCCACCUGCACACCCGAGCCCUGAGGGCUCCAGGCUCCAGGCCCUCACAGCUCGGGUGGUUUUCCACUAGCAAGUUACCCGACCCGAGCCGACCCAUACCAUGACACUCCAACCUCGCAACAUAUCUGAAUCUGGCUCGGGGCCGAAGCAGACUGUGGGCGGGGUUACUGCAUUUCAUCAUCACACUCAAGCGUCAUUCCAGGAAAAAGUGAGAAAAAAUGGCUGACAUCGAUGUAGACAAGAGGAAAGUGAAGGCUUGGGACGCUGAUGAGGUACAAGCACUGGUCACUCUCUGGGCUGAUUCGAAUGUCCAGCAACAACUGGAGUCAAGCGUUCGAAACAAAAAAAUGUAUUCUAAAUGGGAUUCAACCGCAGUCUCACGCAGUGCCGGGAGAAAAUCAAAAAGCUAGAGUACAAAAAAAUGAAAGACCAUAAUAAUAAAAGCGGCUCCGAUCAAAAAAAAUAAAUAAAUAAAUUGUGAUAUUUUAGACUCCGUUCUUGGCCGCAGCGACACUUAGGGCAUGUGUUCUCAAAUCAGCAAUGGCAGUCCUCGAAUCAAUGGCGGAUUCACUGGUUCCAGAAGUCGGUGAGUGACCUUAAAAAAAUUAAUUUAAAAAAAUGAUUUUUGUAUGUAUGUAUGUAUGUGGCUAUUAUUGUUUGUAGAUGUUUUUUAUGUGACUUAACAGUAACAUUAUUCAACUGUAAAGUGUGGGUGUGUUUAAUUAAUACAGGAGCCAUGAAACAGCAUUGCUUGAAUUUUGAUUAGAUUCUAUUGCCUUAAUGGUCUCUUUAUGCAAUUUUAGCAGAUUCGCCGAUGUCACAAGAAUCACAAGAUUCUAGCAUAGCUGAUCUCAACGACACCAGUUCCACCGCACAGACAACCCCCAGGAUCACAACCGCCAAGAUGAGCAUGACUCAAAUACUGCCAAUUGUAGUGGCCCUGCUUAUACUAGAGAUGCAUCUUGGUUUGACUGAAGAUCCCGACCAGAUAAACCCCUGUUUACGAGGAAGAGAUGGGAGAGAUGGGAGGGAUGGAAAAGAAGGUGCAACUGGUCCGAAAGGUGAAAAGGGGGAUAGAGGAGAAAGUGUCCAGGGACCUCCAGGGAAAGCUGGUCCAUAUGUGAAGGGCGAAAAAGGGGAACCAGGAUCGCCAGGUACACCUAUGUAUGAAAAACGCAUCACAGAAUUAGAGACAGAGCUCCAGAAACUGAAGGAUAAUUACUCUGUCCAUGAAAAACGUUUCACCUUUACAGUUUGGAGCACAAGCGGUAGCACAGUCUUUGGAUCCCGGAAAGACUCAGCCACUUUUGAAGAGGGUUUGAAAAUCUGUAGCGAAGCUGGUGGGCAAAUUGCCACUCCUAAGAGCCAAUCUGAAAAUGAUGCCAUCAUUGAGAUCGUCAAAGCAACUAAUGUUGCAUACAUCGGCAUUAAUGACAGAGAAACAGAAGGAACAUUUGUAGACUUAAAUAAUCAACCAUUAAAGUUUACAAAAUGGAAAACUGGUGAACCUAAUAACAGUGCAGAUUCUGAAGAUUGCACUAUUUUGCUUCCUGAUGGGGUGUGGAAUGAUGUACCAUGUCAAAGAAAAUACAUAAUAAUAUGUCAAUUUUAAAACAUAGGCAAAACAUAUAAAGAUACUAGCUGCAGCAUUUGCCUACCCUUAAGCAAACCACAUGUUUUGCUGUAGUGUAAGCAAAAACUACAAGGCUUGUUUCACAUGCUGCACAUACUGCAAUUUUCCAGUGAUUUUCCUUUAGGAAAUAUAACAAAUACAUUUGUUUGGUACAGUACAUAUCCUGCAUUUUGUGAAAAAGAAAAACAUAAAUUUUCCAAAAGAAACAAUAUGCUAUAGGAUAUGUUUUGUAAGUGUGGUGCAAAAAAUGCAGUGCUGUGUGUUUUCUUGACAAAUGUAGGGGUGGGGUGGUAGUUGGUGGGGUGGGAUUAGUUGUAAAAGAAAAUAACUUAACUUGCUGUUGCUACAGUUGUUUCCAACACUUACAAAU